AUCCAGUCCUCUCUCUCUCUGGUGAUGAGAGGAGACUUUUAUUUUAGAGCUAACGUACCACUAGCCAUUUAUAUUGCCAGGAUCCGCUUCCCAGGACUCACUCCUUAGAGCCCAACCAUCGAACACAGAGCUUUCAUCAUGGAAACUAAAAUGGUGAUUCACCAGCCUCAGCCAGUGUUGGAGAUCCAGAACUCUCAUGAGUGGGGGAGCGGCAUAUGUGACUGCUGUGAGGAUAUCAGAGAGUGCUGUCUUGCAUUCUGGUGCCUUCCCUGCUUUGCCUGCUUGACCAGCAGAGCGUAUGGGGAGCAUCUCUGCACCCCGUUACUGGAGUGCUUUGCAUAUAUGAUCUCACCAAUCACCAUGUCCAUGAGGACCAGCAUGAGAGAGCGCUACAAAAUCGAGGGCUCCAUUGCUAGGGACUGUGUUUACGUCACCUUCUGCACAUCCUGCGUUUGGUGUCAGAUGUCCAGAGAGAUGAAGAGAAGGAGGAUCCAAAUCGUUAUGGUCGACGCAAAAAACAUAUGAGCUCAUUCUAAAUUUAAUAACAAACAAAAAAAACAUGUAAAUAGCGGCUAUAAACUAAACUCGUAAAAAGUGUGUCCGAAUCACAACUAUAUACUUUUUAGUAAUGAUUUUUGUCAUUAAUUAUUUGGUAAAGUAAAUAUUUAGUGCUGAUAUAUUUUUGCAUUUGGAAACGCACAAUAAAUAACAUUUUAAGAAAA